AUGCUUAAAUUCUUUGCUACUGGAGAGCAUUUCAAAGAUAAGAUUGAUCCUCCACGCUUUCCUCCUUGUUAUGCUUCAGCUGGAGAAGGAGCAAGAAUUGAAAAUAGAAAUUAUUCAGAUUAGUUUUCAUAUGAUUUCAAAUAAGCUGCAAAGCGUUAGCAUACUAGUGUUGAUUAUUCAAAAUAAUACAAUACCAUUAACAAUAACUACAGUGAUUAAAAUAAGUUCUUCUAAAGUAAAUACAACAAAAUAUCUCAAGAAAAGUAAUAAUUAACAGCAACUGGCUAAACUGAUCAUAGAUAGUAAAACUUAGAAAUAUGCAAUCAUUAAUCUAAUUGGAAGAUAGUUAAAGAACGUUCUUUUGCAAAUUAAGCAAGACUUCCGAGUGAACAGAUAAGAUAAUCUUAAGUUAUUCAAAAGUAAGAUUUCGAAUCUCAAAAACAGAGCUAAAGCGAUUUCAUGAAAAAAUCAUAGUCUUCUUAUCUAAAUAGAGAAAAUUUAUUUGUUACUAAACCUUUGGUAAGACUAGAUAAAGACUUCAAAGAGCAACCCUUACUUAGAAAUGUCUUGACUGUUUCAGAUGAUACUCCAAACUGGUGUCAGACUGUUAAUAAAUUUUACACUGUUGAGAACUUUGAUCUAAGCAAAAAAUCACGUUUCAAACCUUCUCUAAAUACAGAUAUUUUUGGAAACAAAAUAUAAAAAUACGAAAAUAAUUUUUUAUUUAAAUGUAUCGAACCAAACUCAUCAUUAAGAUUUGAAUAAAAAAAAAUGAUAGUAGCUGAUAAAUCUUCAGUUGCAGACAUGAAAAAACUCACUAAAGAAGAUUUGAAAAGAGGCAAAUGCAAAAUAGAAUGGAAUGAAUAAAUAUCAAAAUAGAAAUUUGAUAAUCCACCUCCAAUAAGGAAAAUUGGAUUUACAUAAGAACCUUUCAUAAAAUAAUUAGAAAGAAAAAGACAUCCUAAUAAAUUAGCUCUUAAUAAGAUAGGAGAAUCAGAAACAUAUACUAAAAUAGAUAAAGAAAGACUUACUUAGUUGAAAAUAGGUCACGGUACUCCAUAAACACUCAAUCCUCUUAAAUAUUGA